AUGCCGUCGCAGCGACCGGGGCCCGCCGCCGCCGCCGCGCACGACUACGCCGCGGCCACCCCUUCCCCCUCCAAGCCGCGCGGCAACCCCCGCUACUCCGGCUGCGUCCCGGCCACGGUGCGCCACAUCGCGCGCUCCCUCGCCGCCGCCGACGCCGGCGGCGACCCCGCCUUCUCCAUCGACGGCGUCAAGACCAGCAACGUUAGGGUUUUGGGGAAGGUCGAGGCCGUGGUGAGCGCGGAGACCGACGUGUCGUUCACGCUCGACGACGGCACUGGGAAGAUCCCGCUCGUGCGGUGGGCUGGAGUGUACGUCAGGGUUCAUGUGGACAUCACGGGGUUUCAAACUAAUCAGCAGGGGUUUGCUCGAUCUAUCCGUCCAAUUACCAAUUUCAAUGAAGUGGUGCUGCAUUUCAUCGAAUGCAUUCAUGUGCACAUCGAAAAUACUCGGCCGAAGAUGCAAGAGACAUUCCCUCCAGCAGUUCAAACAAAUGCCUAUACUCAGGUGCCUUAUACUGGUGGAGUGACAGAACACCAAGUCCAUUUCGCUCCUCAAGUAAACCAAGGGCAACUCCUGCCUGCAGCUCGAACAAAUGCAUCUACUUAUGCUCCCUUUACUGGUGGUGUGAGAGAACAUCAAGUUCAUUUUGCCCCUCAAGUAAAUCAAGGACAGUUCCACCCCACGGUUCAAACAAAUAGAUCUACAUAUGGGCCUUUUUCUGGUGGAUCUUCAGCUUACUCAGGCACUGGUGGACAGCAGCAUGACCUGCAAAGUAAGGUUUUGAAAGUUUUGCAAGCACCUGAUAUCAUGACGGUUAUCAACUUACUCGCUGAUUCAGGCUUUGUCUGUUGGACCAUUGACGACUUUCAUGUCAAGUGUGCUGUCUUCUCAAAAGAAUUCUUGUCUGCUUUGAGCAAUAAUUGUGUAGGUUAG